AUGGCUGCGACGUACGUGGAAUGGCUGAAGAAUCGUAGGAAACGCGCGGCAACCACUGCAGCUCUAAAGACCAAGAUGCAGAAAGAGUUGCUCUCCGAGCUGUGGGAACGUAUGGCCGAGAAACAGGAGAGAGUUUUCGACGAGGCGAUCGCCAGACGAGUACUGGAUCAGUCCAGGUACGAGAAGCAGAUUAUGACGAAGCUGUGCGAGGUGCGCGAGCAGAAGAACGUCAUGGCGGAGAAUCAGAAGGUGGUGGAAGACAUAACGUUGGAGGCUAAAGAAGUGGAGCAUCGAGCGAGCUACGAGCGAGACAAAGACCUGGCUAGCAAGAGGGACAACGAUAUAGAGAUCGAGUGCGAGAGAAUGUGCGAAUUACGGAGGAGGCUGUUGAGUGAGAAGGUGAGAAAGGUACGCGAGAAGCACUGGAAAGUUUGUCGACGAGUGGUGGACGAUCUCGCGAGUAUCGCUCUGAACGUGGCGGAUCAUCGACGGGUGAACCGUGGCCACGUUCCCUUCACCCUCCUCAGCGAGUGGAAGACGCUUUUCCGUAGAUCUCGACCUAUCUUCGAGGAACAAAUACCGUACAGUCUGUGCCGACGUACGAGCAGCGACGAGCAGCAGGGCUCGCGGAGCAAGUUGGACGACGUCGAGGGGCUGCAAGAUGCCCUCUUGGCCGAUUAUCUCGAGACGAGUCCACCUUGGGACGCGUCCUUGCCGAUGCUCGGCGAAGACACGCAGGAAACGUUGACGUUAGGUCGCACGGUGCUCGGGUACGUCGUGCACCGCCUCUUGGAAGGGCUUUACGCUCGUCCGUUGGAUCGUUCUCGGUCGCUGUUGCAGAACUUCAAACACGUGGCGAUCGUUCUGGGCAUCGGAAAUCCCGAGGUGUACGAGACGAUUCGAGCGUUACUCGAGCAGACUGGCAUCCGCGCGAUACGAAUGGACGACGCGAUCAAUUAUUGCCUCGAGAGGUACAAGGAGGAGAUGUCGGACGUGGAGUACGUCGAUUUGAACAUCGUCGCGGCCACCGCGGAGAUCCUGAAGGAACUCGGGAACGGCGAGAAGGGAAUGGCCAAGUCCGCCAAGUUCGCGGACAAGAUCUCGGUCACGUCGUUGGACACGACGAUCAAGCGUAGCAGCAAGACGAGAUCGACGAGGUCGACGAGAUCGACGAGGCAAGAGUCGAAGACGGCGGACCAUCCGGGGAAAGGAACGCAAACUCCGAGAAACAUACCGUACGACGACUUGGAUCCCGUAUUGACCGACUCCGCGUACAUGGGUAAGUGGACUUACGAGUUCCUGAUGCUCGGCGAACCGAUCAGCAACGAACUCGCGACCAACAUUCUGAUCGAGUACUUGAAGAGCUCGACGAACGCGAAAGCCUGGGCUCUGAUCGAUUACCCGUGCACGUACGAGCAGAUGUCUCGGCUGGAGACAGCUUUGACGGGUUCCACUCCGCCCCCCGACCGAAGAGUGCUCGAUUUCGAGAACGUUAUCGUCGAGGACAUCGAACCUGUAUCGCCGAGGAUCGUUUUCGAGGACGAGUCUGAUCCGUACGCGUUGAACAGGCUGUCGAGAAUCGUGCCUGAUCCGAGAGCGGAGCCGAGCGAUCGCGUCGAUCCGAAUCGCACCUUCGCUACGCUUUUCGUCCGAGUCAAGCAGCAACCGAAAUACUUCGAGAUCGGGGACUUGACGUACGAAGCGGUAAGCAAGGACGCACCCUCGAUCGAUCAGUUUUACGCCUCGCGCAACAUCGCUCACAUUCUCUACUACUCCAGCCUCGAUUUGGCUACGUUGAAGAAGCUGGCGAGAUUCGUGAUAGGCGAUCCGUUGCAGCGGAGAUCCUCCAAUGAAUUAUUCGGCGACGCUUUGAAGAACUUUGAGAAAGAGACGAAGCGCGGUCCCAGCCUGAAGGAAGCGGUUAUCCGGCGACUCUUCACCGAACACCAGUUGGAACAGUUCCAAUUCGACGGGGAAGAGGAGGGGGAGACGGAGAUGGAAGAGGAGAGGCAGGACCUCGCUUCUGCCGAUUUCCAGCUGGAGUUGGAGUCGCGACCGGCAAAACCGGGCGAACCAACCUGGCAGUGGCUCGACCUUCCUCUCUCUUCCACGCUCGUCGACAAUUUGGCCAGCUUGUGGGAGAAUCUGGAAAGGGUAUACGUGGAAGAGCUGAAGGAGCUGCUGUUGCUCAAGAGCGUACAGGCGUCUAGCAUCGUUCCCUAUACGGAUUUCCUGACCAGGCACGCGGUCCAAUUUGUCGAAAGACCGGACGACAAGCAGAAUUUGUUGCACGAGUUUCACAAAGCGUUCAACGCGAUCGACGAGGACGCGAGAAAGGACGUGGACGUGAAAUGCGAGCUGCAUCGUCGCGUGGCCGAUCUUCAGGCCGAACUCUGGGAAAUGUGCGAUCGGAGGAAAAACGCAGCGGAGGAGGAGCGGAUUAGGUAUCUGAACGACCGAUGGACCGUCAUCGAGGCGGUGCUUCUCUACGACAUUUACGUUGGAAUUGUUCAAGUGGAGAUCGAUCGAUGCGUGGACACGAUACAGCUGCUGCAAAACUACUAUUUGGGCAUGUUGGAAAGACCGCUGCAACAAGUUGCUAUUCCCAAAGUCGUCCUGAACAGUAUCCGGGGAAACGAGGGGGCCCUGCACCGGGAACAAUCGUUGGAUACUCCGAAGGCUGGGGAAAAGUCGACCGAUCGAAAGAAGAAGGGAGGAUCGUCGAGAAUGUCCGCCUCUUCUCCUCCAGCCGCCGUUCAUCGCGAUCUCCUUGCGAAAGAAAUCGACGAGGUGUUGGUAGACAGAAAGAAGUCUCUGGGAGACGUCGAAGGGGUCAGCUUGUUGGGGGGAAUUGGCGAAAACGUUCGAUACGUGAAGGGCAUCGUAGACGCGUUAUCGGCGACUGCCAAGGAGGUGGUCAACAGGGAACGAGUUGCAGUCUUGAGAAUCAAAGAUUUCUCGACCGAGGUCGUCACCUCGAGAGGGCAGGAUCUGAUAUUGGAAUGGGAAUACGCGGUGAGUUACGAGAUCGAACGGAUUCGUCUGAAACUCGAUUCGAUAAUCGGCGUGGCUCGGGUGGACGUUGCUUUCUUGCUGGAAACUAUGCAGAGGACCUUCCAUGGGAUUUACGACUACAUCGUGGACAGGUUAAGCCCUCGAUCGAGACAAUUAGCCCGAUCGUUUACCGAGUCCGUUUGCACGUGCGCAGGUACUGGCGGGAGAUGA